AUAACACCCAUAGUCGGAGAUACUGUUAGCUCAUCUCCCUCUCCCUCUUCUCCUUCUCCUUGUCUCAAAUAACAAACCCAAUUUCUCUAUAUCUCCCCAUGGAGAAGUUGCCAGAAGAUCAUCAUGUAACUAAACGUCUCCGGAGAACCUUCAAUGCAGAACACAUACAGUUAGCAUUAGCAGCAGCACAACAAAAACCCACUACUAAUCACAGUUCCGGUCAUGGUCGGGUAAAUCCUAACUUAUUAUUUGAUAUUUUUCCUUAUGGUAAACCUGAAAUGCAUGGCAAAUCGUACUGGAAAUCACCUUCUCAUCGAGGUUGGUUUGUCAUAACAUAUGAUCACAAUGUCAAUUCUAUUAGUGACGGUCAUUAUUUGAAACACUCCAAUUGGAAUUUGGGCGAUUGUAUAAUGUGGAAUCCGGUGUCGUCGAAAAUUUUCCGGUUACCUUCUCUACUCAAUUUGAUUAGUAAGACUAAUGCCACUAUAAAUGUUCAGAGUUGUGCAGUGUACUUUUCGCCGAAUAGUGGUCAUAAUUCUAGGGUGUCUUUCCUCAUUGUUAGUGAGGAUGGAACUACUGAGUUCAUUUUAUCUUGUUUCCCUGAGGUAGACAAAAAAUGGAGUGUAGUUAAGUUACAAUCUCUUCGUAAUCCCGCACGAAAAAUCUUUUGUUGCAAAAGGGAUGAGUUAUAUGUUGUUUGUCGAAAUUCAGCUGAUGAAAGAGCGGAUUACUCAUGGUUCGGUCGGGAUUUCAGUAUACGGAGUAGUACUGUCAGAAUAGCUAAUAAAAGAAGAAGAGUAGAAGACAUGUUAUGCGACGUUGUAGAAGAAGUAAAUGCAAUGGCAGUGGAUGAAAACGAUUUUAUGCAAGAAGAUGAGCAAGAGAAAAGCAGUAGAAAACGAUUUUAUGCAGGAAAAUUGGGUGUUGUUUGUAGUGAAAUCUUGGUUCUGCUUGCAAACUAUCUGAACUCCGUGGACUACAAAAACUUCCGAGCAGUUCUAAGACUAGGGAUCUCACAAGUGAAAGUACUUCCACAGCUAGUUUUCUCGCAUUAUGAGCAAUGUGGUGUAUACAAUUUUGUAGACCCAACAAAUUGUAACGGUGAGAAGAAUCUCAUGAACUUCUCUGAAUUGUUAUUCGACGCUAAGAUCCUCUACUCAAAGGGAAGUUGGCUACUGAUGUCCAAAGGAGGUUCAGGCAUAUUCUUCUUCAAUCCCUUCACAAGGGAGAUGAUCCAACUUCCUGACUUACCGUAUAGUAGUAGCUUUAGGGGGAUAUCUUUCUCAGCAUCACCAACUUCUCUAGAUUGUGUAAUUUUUGCUAUUGCCGGAUGGACAAAAUAUGAAGUGGAAAUAUGGUUCAUUUCACGGGGAGAUGAUUGUUGGCACCAUAGUAUAUAUGAAAAUACUGAGUUAACUUCUGAGGAAGAAGACAAUAUGGUACUAGAUUCUUCUCCUAAUAAAUGCUUGGAAUUCAAUCCUAGUAAACUUAGUAAUCCAGUUUUCUACAAUGGAUGUUUUUAUUGUUUAGAUGGUAGUACUGGAGCCAUGGGAGUUUUUAGUUUAGCAGAUGAUUUCAGUUGGAAAGUGCUUGCCAAGCCCCAAAUGAUUUGCAAUUCUGCCUGCCAGAGCUUCUUGGCAGAGUGCAACGGGAAACUGUUAUCAAUUGUUUUAAGCCGUAAGCCGAAGUGGGUUCAGAUUUUUAGAUUGGAUUUCUCCCGGAUGGUAUGGGUUGAAUUGGGAAGUCUGGGAAACCAUACUUUGUUCAUCAGUCGAACCUCGUCUUUCUUUGCAGUUCUCCCUUAUAGGCAUAUGGAGAAUAAAAUUUAUUUCCCAGAAGGGAAAGAAGGAAUUUUGGUCUAUGGCCUCGAGGCUGACGUAUAUUUCUCUCUUGGGAGGCAACAUUCCGGCCAGGAUUUUUACUCUAUGAACAAAGAAGUAUACUGCAGUUGGAUAGAACCUGACUGGAUGCCAGCGUCAGAUCAAGAGCUCGAUUGGCUUAGCAUAUGAAUUCCCCAGUUAAGAUACUUAAUGAUCUGGAUUGGGGCACGAUUAGAUUAUGUUUAGUGGUCACUGGCUAGAUUUUGAGGUUCAAAAUGUAGCUUAAUUUUUCCCUCAUGAACAUUUGAA